UCAAUUGGCAUUUAAAUCUUGUCAAUCCCCCUUUCUCUCUACCAAAAGCAAAACCCCUGAAUUCCUCUUCGUCUCUCUUCCUUUUUGUUCUCUACGCUUAUUGAUUUCCUUCGUAAAAAAACAAUGGCCCAAAGAGCCGGGAAGGAAGAAGCCGAGUUCAAGGUGCCCGAAACCAUGCCGCUUUGCGUCAACAAUUGUGGCGUUACAGGAAAUCCGGCCACCAACAACCUGUGUCAAAAUUGCUUCACCGCCGCCACCUCAACGACCGCUGUGGUCGCCGUAUCCGGUUCCCAGGCGUUGAGAUCCGCGCCGUCGCGUUCGUCGAACAAGCGAUCCGAGUUUUCACCGCUGAAAACGGCGCCGUUUUUACGGACAUCGGGGACGGAGAAGAAGGUCGUGAACCGGUGUUCUGGCUGCAGGAGGCGAGUCGGUUUGACCGGGUUCCGGUGUCGAUGCGGCGAGCUCUUCUGCGCCGAUCACCGGUAUUCAGAUCGACACGACUGCAGCUACGAUUACAAGACGGCGGGACGCGAGGCGAUCGCGAGGGAGAAUCCGGUGGUAAAAGCGGCGAAGAUAAUCAAAGUCUGAAUCUCCGUUUCUUCUUUGCCUCUUCCUUUCACGGCGGUUCCGCCGCCGGUAUUGUCCCUUUCCUCAUUGUUUUACGUUUCUGUUGUUCAAAAUCCGGCAGCCUUCGGAUUUACGUUUCGAUCGGAUUUGAUGCUUCCCGUUCUUCAUAGAUCCGAAUCUAUCGUGUUGUUAUUUGUUAUGGAAUUAGGUCGGUUUUAUCAAUUUAGGGUUACAUUUCCUUUUUUGGAAAA